GAGCUGCUGCAACUGCCAGCCUGGACCAAGAAGCGCAGCGUAUAGAUGACUUCCAACGAGACUUGUCCUACAACGGCUUUGCCGUUGCGCAGCUUCCCGACAAGGUGAUUGAAGACCUGCGGGCGGGGGCUGUCAAGCAUUUGGCCGAGCAAGACGUUUCCCAGGACUUCCAGCGUGCGAAGCCCAGCGGCGGAGGGUUCCCACCUCGAAUGGAGUGGCACUGGGCCUCAGAUGGCGGCGCACAAGAUCUCUUCCAGCCCGCAGCAGAGCAGCUGUUGAAGUACCUGCCCAAUUUCCAGCUCAUGGCUGCCAAGUUCAUUGUGGCCACAGGAGAGUGCAGUGCAGAAGAUGCACGAUUCCACCAGGACUUCGAGCCCCCGACCGUGCCGCUGCUUGCCACGGCUACAGCCUUGGUUCCGCUGUGGCCCCUGGCGUUCCCUGAGAAGGAGGGAAACCUGGAGUUCUUCACUUGGGACGACAUGGUCCAAGCAAAGCAGUCCACACCUGAGGACAUGUUGAAGUCUCGGAGAGUACAUCGUUAUGCCCCCGGGGAAGUUGCUGUCUUCGACGGCAAGCUAUAUCACCGGACACAGCCUUUCUCGGAAUACGCGUUCGCCAGCUCCUCUCUGCAUGGUGAGUCAGACGUGCUUUCGAAGAUGCGCAUAUUA